CGGACACCCUGCACCUGCGGCAAUGGGCGCCCCGGGCUCCGGCCUGGAAACGGCGGGGAGGAGCGUUGUCCGUCUCACGCAGCGUGGACACGCCCACUCUCCCCCAGUGAGCGGUGCUUGGGGUUGCGGGGGACUCCGGGGCAGAGGCAGAGACGCGAGCCGGGGUCCCAGGAGGGUCCGUCUGCAUUGAGGGUGGGGCGCUGAGAUGCGAGGCCCCGCGAAUUCCCCGGUCUGGACCCGCGCGGGCGCUCUGACCGCGCCCGCCUUCCCCCCGCCUCUGGCCCCAUUUAACCCAGGGUGGGGGGUGGAGCGAAGGGGCUCCGGCAGGGCCAGUUGCGGGGUCGACCCGGAGAUCCCACAGUGCCCCGCACGGGCCUACAGCGCCGCACCUGCCGGGCUGGGGUCGCCCCGGGGGCUUGCAGGGUCCCCUGGGCGCGGGCGCGGGCGCGGGGCGGGGGGGGGGGGCGGGGAGGCGGCGCCUGCAGCUGCGUCCCGGUAGGGCCGGGAUCCCCCGCGCCUGCACUCGCUCUCUCCCGCUCCCCGCCCCCGGAUCCGUCCCCGCCCCGGGCCGCGCUCCCGCGCUAGGCCGCGCCCCGGCGCAGGGCCUGCUCGGGCGUCCGGGCGGCGGCGGGCGCGCCAUGGGCAGCGGCAGCAGCCGGAGCGGCCGGGCGCAGAGGCGGCGGCGCAGCCCUGACAGCCGCAGGCCGGGGGUGGGUGGGGCGGCCGCGGAGGGCGGGGCGGCGCCGCGGGGCCCGGCGACUGCGGCACAGGCCGCGGGGGCGGCGCGGGACGCGGCGGACCAGGACCCCGGCCCGGCGGCGCCCCCCGACGGCAGAGAGGAGACCCUGCGCCUGCUGGACCAGCUGCUGGCGGAGUCGGAGACCUGGGGUGCCCUAGAGCCCCCCGCUCGCGGCCCGGCCCGGAUCCGACCCGCUGCGGGCGCAGGGAGUGCGGCGCCCCCAGAUCGCAGCUCUGAAGACCGUGUGGGGAGCAGCAGUGCCCCUGAAGCCCCAGGGAGCAGCCACAGGAGGCCCGAGAAGCAGUGUGCCGUCUCCUACGACCCCUCGGAAGAGGAGCUGAUGGCCAGCAUCGAGCGGGAGUACUGCCCAGAGGGUCCCCCCGAGCAGGCCUCGGGGCAGCCAGGUGCGGGGGGGGCACCCCGCCUCCCCGCCCAGGGCCCUCGCUGGAGCUGACCCUCCAUGGUCCGCUUCCGGAUCUCUCAAGACCGACCUUUCCAAGUUCACGUUCAGACGGUGCUGAAAGUGGCCAUGAUGCUUGCUGGCAGGGGGUGGCCGCUGCGCAGACCAGGCCAGAAGGCAAGCUCAGGGGCCGACACACAGGUGCACGGGCCGGGAACAGCUCCCUGGGGGCUCCUGUCCCAGGGAGCCCGGCUGUGGGGUUCUCCUGCAGCCUGCGACACUUCCCCUUCCUGGUCACCCUCGUCUCAUGCAGGGGACAGCUCACCGGGCAUGGGUGAUGCCAGUGAACCCCUCCUGGCAGCCACCCCUAGUGCUUCUGGAAGGUUCUGUAGGGAGAGGGGCCUCAGGCCUCAUGUGGGUCCCAGGGGAGGCUGGACCCCCCAGAGCCUCUGAGUUUUGUGCCAAUGACUCGCCCGGGGAUGUCACUGGCUGAGGCUCCUGACUGCAGGUCUCGGCGGGCCCGGGACUCUGCAUUCCUACCCAGCCCUCGGCAAGGCCCAGCUGCCGCCCUUUGAGCCCUGGAUUCGGGGCCUGGGCUGCGGACUCCUCUCUCUGGCGUCCCCUGCUGGGAGCCCCGGCUGGAAGCUGCAGCUGCCACUCAGUUCCUGGCUCUCGAAUCCCCCGCAGCGGGGCCCAGGCCCUCGCCCAUCUGAUGGCCUGGGAUUGUACAAGGCCGGGGCCACUGCUCGUCCCUGCUGCUGGGCACAGAGCUGCCUGCUUGGGGAGGCUGUGUGUCCCUGACUCAGCUCUCCCUGCUGCAGCCUGACUCAGGCCCCGGGGACUUUCCGGACUUCUUCCCUGGGUGGAAGCGGAGCAAGUCACUUCGUGGGUGACAAAUACGAAAGUGGACUUGCCAAGGACGUCCUGUGAGUGGGAGGCAGGGCCAGUGGCAGAGGUGGCCUGCCGGGGACAGUUGCCAUGGAGACCAGGAGGCGGCUCAUCCCAAGCAGCUGGUGAGACUGUCAGUACACGAGGGGGUAAUGAGGGAACCAGGCCAGCUGUCGCUGAAGCCAGAGCAGGUGCUGGCUUCUCCCGCGCCCUCCCAGCGGCACGGCGGCCUCCCCAAACACCCUCGGUCUCCUGGGCACGGUUGCCCGCCCACGCGUCCUUGGCCAGGGGCAGGAGCACCUCAGGAGCUCCCGGCGACCGCUUGGCCCUGUCUCCAGGCCCGCUGACGUCACCGGCAGCCGGGCAUCGCCAUGAAAUUUCGUUACUUGACAACAGUGCCUUUGAUGGGCUGACGGCAGCUGGAGCCUGUGGCUGCGAAGUGCGAGCCUGGAGCAGCCGGCCGCCGGCUCAGCCCCCAGCGCCCCCAGACCAAAGCCCCUCUGCUGGCGCACUGACGAAAACCAUUGCUCUCGUUAUGCGAAUACUUAUUGUAAAAGAGAUUAAAAUUUUAUUUCUUAUUGGA